UGAAGUUCCGACGACGACCACGACGAGAUGGCGACGCCGACGGCGACAACGUUCUCCUACAUUGACUACAUCGUAUUCGCGCUGUCGCUCGUGCUGUCGGCUGCUAUCGGCGUCUACCACGGAUGCAUCGGCUCUAAGCAGACGACGACAGACGAGUUCCUGAUGGGCGGCAAGAACAUGGGAGUCAUACCGGUCGCGCUGUCCAUGUGUGCCAGCUUUCUGUCGGGCAUUCAGGUGCUCGGCCAGCCGGCUGAGAUGUAUUACUACGGCACACAGUAUUGCUUCUUCACGUUCUGUAUCAUCCUCGCAUAUCCGAUUACUGCUUCCGUCUUCGUGCCAAUCUUUCAUGGAUUGCAAGUGACGAGUGCUUACGAGUAUCUAGAGCUGCGAUUUAACAAGACUGUUCGUACGCUAGGAGCAAUGACAUUCAUCCUGCAAAUGGGUGGAAUGAAGGCAGUCAUAUGGACGGACGCCUUUCAGAUGGUGGUCAUCCUCGUUGGCCUGUUAGCUGUCAUUGUAAAGGGCACGAUGGACGUCGGUGGCAUGGACGAGGUGUUUCGCAUCUCUGACGAGGGAGGGCGCCUUAUCUUCUUUAAUAUGGAUCCGGACCCGACCACCCGGACCACAUUCUGGAGCAUGAUUAUAGGGGGCGCCUUUGUGUGUCUGUCGGCAUACGCUACUAACCAGGCGACAGUACAGAGGUAUAUGAGCAUCAAAAAUACCAAGCGAGCAAAUUAUGCGCUUUGGUUGAAUGCCCCGCUGUGGACGUUAUUCACAAUCCUGUUCAUGCUCAUGGGCCUGACGGCUUACGCCAAGUACCACGACUGUGACCCUGUCUUGGCACAACACAUAGACAGGCCUGAUCAGUUGGUGCCGUAUUUUGUUCUGGACACGCUGGGUUUUCUCCGCGGACUUCCCGGUCUUUUUGUCGCUUCCUGCUUCUCGGCUGCACUCAGCACCGUGUCGUCAGGCGUAAACUCACUAUCAGCCGUUGUACUAGAGGACAUGGCAAAACCAUUCUACACGCGUUGGCAUGGAAGACAGCUGGACGUGCAUUUAGCGACAACGUGGUCGAAGUACAUUGCGUUGUUCUUCGGAGUUUUGAACGUCAUCCUAGCCCUUCUUGUGCAACUCAUUGGAGCCGGAAUGAUUGAGAUAGCGUUGAGUUUCUUUGGAAUGGUGGGAGGCCCGCUUCUUGGCGUAUUCGCAAUGGGUAUGCUCUGUCCAGUAGUCAACUCAGCAGGUGCCCAAGACCCGGACGCUUUCCUCCAUUACAUUCAUAAUCUUGAUUGGCUUCGAAGCCUCCGUCCUUACACCAGGGACCCCUACGCUUCUCGACGCAAUUCUCUUAUCAAACUACCGAAGCUGGAUAUGAAUCCCAUGACAACUAUAAUUACAGAGACCCCAGAUGAUAAUUAUCUGUACAGGAUAUCGUACAUGUGGUACACGAUGAUCAGUGUCAUAGUCUGUACACUGGUUGGUGUAGCAGUCAGCUGUGCCACAGGCAGAAACAAGAAACCGGCGAUCGCGCGCCUGUUUUGGCCACCGGUGCUAAGAUACUCGUGUUUCCUCCCUCCGAUCAUAGCAGUCGAGGAAAAGAAAACGAAUAUGACAGGAAUUACUUACAGAGCGAAUGAACUGCCGGAAAAGGAGCCAUUGAACAAUACACCCGUCUGAUGACGUGUACGAUGCGACACCAAAACAAAUAAAUAGUAAAAUAAAUAUAUAUAUAUAAAUAAAGAAAUAAAGAAAUAUAUAUAUAU